AUGCCAGUUCUCGUCAGCAUCUGCUUAGCGUCCGGAUCUGUGUCCGUUUCCACAGGAACAAAAACCACCAACAAAACUGGCAUGACCGGUACCGUGACGACGGGCGUCCCUACCGGUGGUGCGGGAGGUGGUGCCGGUGGACGCAAAAAAUCCGGCCCCAAGUUCGAGCUUUCCGACGAACAGCGGCAGGACAUUAAGGAAGCGUUCGAUCUGUUCGAUUCGGAAGGAACCGGAAUGAUCGACACGAAGGAGCUCAAGGUGGCAAUCCGGGCGCUUGGGUUCGAACCGAAGAAGGAGGAGAUUAAAAAGAUGAUUGCCGAAAUCGAUAAGGACGGUUCGGGGAAGAUAUCGUUCGAUGAUUUCCUGCAGCUGAUGACGGUCAAGAUGGCGGAGAAGGACUCGAAGGAAGAGAUACUGAAGGCGUUCCGGCUGUUUGACGACGAUGAAACGGGUACUAUUUCGUUCAAGAAUCUUAAGCGGGUCGCAAAAGAGUUGGGCGAAAACCUGACCGAUGAGGAACUGCAGGAAAUGAUCGAUGAAGCGGAUCGGGAUGGAGACGGGGAGGUUAAUCAGGAGGAAUUUCUGAGAAUUAUGAAGAAAACUAGCCUAUACUAA